CUCUUCCAAGGAGCUGGAGCCGCUUUGGGGCGCGAUGCUCAAGUGUUACGGGUCCGAGGAGCGGGCGCUCGCUGCAGUGCAGGCCAACCCACAGGUGAUCAACCCUUCCUACAGCUUCCCAAACACUAUGAUCGAGUCCAAGCGCGUGCUGCGUGCGGCGAUGAGCGAGGCGGAGGCGCUGAAGGUGAUGCGGCUCAACCCGGCAGUGCUGCAGUGCGGCCCCUCGCUCGAGGUGCUCGGCGCGGCGGAGAUCAAGGCGGUCGCGACGGCGCGCUCCCUCGGCACCCGCCUCCUCCCGCCCAGCUUGCGGGUGCCCGCCCUCGCCCUCGUCCUCGCCGCUCUCGGGUACGUGCUCUCGCAGUCGCAGAACGCCGACGCCGCCGCCGCCGUCGACGCCCUCAAGCCGCUCCUCGGCGCGGGGCUCGCCUCGAUCUUUGCGUUCGUGCUCUACGGCGCCGCCAACGCCGGCAGGUCGGCAAAGCGGGCGGAGGAGAAGUGAGGUUUGCGCUACCUACAUGUAUCAUCGCAGUGAGUACUUGUUUGUGGGGCGAGUGUGCACGGCACACACGCGCUCAGUCUGUCGAGUAGGCGCGCAAGUACGGCUUUACAUGUACUUGUACUUGUCGUGUCGUCUACGUCAUAUGUGUAUA